AUGGCGAAGAAUUCGGAAGAAGCCAGCAAUGGGGUAGAUAUGAAGAAAGAAGUCAAUGACGUUGACGAAUCACAAAGCAAUGGUGGCUUAUCACUUCCGAUGAUCCAACAGGAAUUGAAUGCCACAUCUGAGAAAUUUCAUGAAUUGGAGGAUUUGCUGCUAUCCAGGGAUACCACAGUGACUGCAACCAUCCAGGAUCUAUUCAACACUGUAAAAACGCUAUCUUACAAUCAAUCGAUUUUAGAGAAUAAGUUAGAUGAUGCGUUGAAGAAUCAAAUUAAUUCAGAUGUGUUGGUGAAUAGUAUAAAUGAAAGGUUGAAUAAGCUCUCCUCCUCAAUGGGGACGAUAACGAAGUCAUUUCAAUCCUCAGAAGCAAGUAAUAAUUUGAGUAGUCUUGCUAGUAUGGUUCCAGUGGAUAAUGGGGGUGAUCAGCUUAUGUCAAGACCUCCUACAGUACGGAGGGGUCCAGGAAGGCCACGAAAAGAGAGCAAUUUGAAUAGGACAAGUGAAUACUCAAACCAUAAUAUUCAACAGGUUAAGGUCAUGUUGCCUACCGGCGGUGUUCAAUUAGCCAAAUCAAAGAGAUAUUUUACAGAUCCUUCAGUCGAUAGCGACUAUAGCGCUUCUGUAAAAGAGGAGCCAAUAUCGCAUGGCAAGCAGGUGCUCUCUUCAACAACUAGCACAAAUAACAGUAACGUAGCUAAUCCAAUUAAAAGGAAAAGGGGCAGACCUCCAAAGAAAAGAACGGUAGAAACUGUAAUCAUAAAUGAGAAUCAUAUCAACGAGGAAGAAGAUGAAGAAGAGAAAGCAACAACUAAUUUAACCAACACAAAUGCUAAUACAGCUUCACUAUCCAAUUCAAACUUACCGCAUAUAAUGAAUGCUGAUGGUAUGCUUCCUGUUGAGGCACCAUCCACAGUCAAUUCUCCGGCUCCAACUACGAGAUCAUCUUCUAGUUCGUCAUUACCUUCGCAUGAAAUCCCAUCUACUGUGGCAACUGUUGAUUCUACUAAUUACCAAGAAAAUCACGAUGCAAAUCAUAUAAAUUCCGAAAAUGGAAUCGUAACAACUCGUAUUAUUACACCUUUAGCCCGUAAAAAAUUGUUGGGAGCAAAUAUUGACAAUGACAACAUUGUCGUUGAAAUAUCUCCAUCAAAUGGAGAUGGUGAUAAUGAAUCCAAUAUAAACCUCAAUAGGCAACAAAGAGAACUAGAAAAAAGGCGUGAUUCACGAGAAAAGAUGUUAGUCAACAUGAAAUACAAUGAUCGUGAAAAGGCAAAAUCGUUCAUGGAAUCAAAUAAAAAAUUACUGAAGGCAAUGAGAGAUGAGGAAAGGAGGAAAAGAAUGACAGCCUUAAUAUACGAUACUAAAUCACCAUACCCCGCAAGAGUGCUCAACCGUUUACCGAACUCGUCCCCGUCAUCAGCCCAACCUGCUAAGCCGACAGAAGUACAGCCACAAGUACCUAAAGUAGAAGAGAAUAAUCAACUGACAAAAAAAAUUGGCAUCUCUUCAAUACUGAAUACAGAGGAAAGCUAUGCUAAAGAAGAAUCUCCAAAUGAAGUUAUAGGUCCCUUAAAGCGUACAAGAACGAAUGAAUUCGAAGAGGAGGAGGAAGAAGAGGAUCUGGAGGACGUAGAUGAAUCACAGUCUGGAAGAUCGAUUAGGAGAAGGAGAUUAUCGAUACAAAUGGCGAGUCCCACUGAUGAAACCGGAUCAAAUAAUGAAAUGAGUGAUGGUGCACUCGGUAAAAAAAAUGAAUCACAUGUAUCACUAUUAUUAGCAUCCCCCAUUGAGUUGCUUUGUCGUGAUGGAUUUUUCUAUCGUAGAAAUAUGCCAAAUGUUCCAAUAACGACGGGAGCGUAUUUAGAGUUCAAGUUUAAACCUAAACAAGAUGAAUUAAUAAACUUGAGAUUGAACCAAAAGGAUUUUUCAGAUAAAACAAAGCAAAAUAGAAUGAACGCUCAUUUUCUGAAGCCGGAAAUUGAAAUGGAAACAGAGCAUGCUUUUAGUAUUUUGAGCAAUACCACUCUUACUGAAAAGUACGUCAACAGCUUGGAAUAUUUUUUAAUGGAAUUUCGUUGGGAGAAUAAAUUGGUCGGCUUAGGUCUAAAAUUGAGAGAAUCAAAGAGAACUUGGCAAAGGCGUAAAGCAUUAUUUGCUUUGUUUGAAUUCUGGAGAGAUCAAUCGAGAGAAAAGAGAAAUUUUGCCGGUUUUACUAUAUUGCAUGCCGUGAAAGAAAUGGAAAACUAUAGAAUAUUCAUCAAUCGUUCAGUUUCGUGGUUCUACAAUCACAUUACAUUGCUGAAAAUGAUCCUUUACGAUUUAUGUGAUAAUGUAGAUACUCAAUGGAGAGAGUGGAUGUUUCACAAAGGUGAAACUAUUCCUGUCCUGGGUAUUAAUGACGUCAAUGAAGAGAAUAUAAAUGAGGCAAUAGACAACGUUCUCACUUUAGAUUUUCUUGAUGACGGUUCAGAGAACAAUCAAGUCAAAUCAUCAAAAGUAAUACCACCUUCGUCGCAUGAGUCAUCUGUAUAA